CGGCGAAGUUACUGUCAACGGGGAGCAUGGGCGCUGAUGAGCUAGUAUUUUUCGUUAAUGGAAAGAAGAUCAUAGAAAAGAAUGCCGACCCGGAGACGACAUUGCUGCAGUAUCUGCGUAAAAUACUGCGUCUUCCUGGCACCAAACUUGGCUGUGGACAAGGCGGGUGCGGUGCAUGCACAGUGAUGAUAUCAAAGUAUGACCAGGAGCAGGACAAAAUUUGUCAUUAUGCAUCCAAUGCGUGUCUUGUUCCACUAUGUUCUCUCCAUGGCCUCGCUGUCACUACAGUGGAGGGGAUUGGAAGUACGAAAACGAGGCUACACCCAGUUCAGGAGAUAAUAGCCAAGUCCCACGGCACACAGUGUGGUUUCUGUACACCAGGAAUGGUGAUGUCAAUGUACGCGUUACUAAGAAAUAAGCCAAAGCCAACAGAGGAUGAAGUGGAAAACAUAUUCCAAGGAAACCUUUGCAGAUGCACUGGCUACAGACCUAUCCUUGAAGGGUUCAAGACUUUCAGCAAAGACGAACCCUGUUGCAUGGGAUCCAAAUGUUGCAAAAACCAGACAAGUAACGAAGAACAUGUUCUUGAUGUCGCUGAACCAUGCGACUUUGUGCCCGUCGAUACGACUCAAGAACCAAUAUUCCCCCCUGAAUUAAAAAUUUCGAAUGGGUUUGGGACAAAAUUUCUAACGUUCAAGAGUGAGAGGGUUACCUGGUUACGGCCUGUGUUCUUGAAGGAUCUUCUGGAACUGAAAUCCAAAUAUCCCAAUGCUAUGAUUGUUAUUGGAAAUACAGCUGUUGGGUUGGAUACAAAAUACAGAAAAGCACAUGCCCAAGUUAUGAUUGCUGCAACACACGUGCCAGAAUUACAUGAAGUCGCAGUGGAUGACACAGGGAUCCAUAUUGGUGGCGCAGUUAGCCUUGCCAGAUUUGGCGAGAUUUUGACUGAAACCAUCAGGGAUAUAACAGUCUUUGGCUGGGAAUAUUUUGUGGACACAUCACCAUUCCGACCUCGUCCCUCUCCUGAUGGCUACGGGAUCCACGAUAACCCUGAUGUCGCAAGAGGGUGGCCAGAGAAUUGCUUUUUUGGACGACACUUUUUACACCAGAAUGAAUUUGUGUUCGGAUACAAGCAGGCACAGCGCAGAGAAAAUGCAGCAGCAAUAGUGAACGCUGGGAUGACAGUCCUGUUUGAAGAUGAUACCAAUAUUAUUAAAGAAAUGUCAGUUGCCUUUGGUGGCAUGUCUGAAACAUCUUCGUUGGCCCUAACAACAUCUAGGAGAAGUGUUGGAAGAAAAUGGGAAGAUCAGCUGACAUCAGAUGUAGUCCAAUGGCUCGCGGAAGACUUCCCAUCACCACCAGAGGGCAUUGGUGGUCAGAUGGCCUAUAAGAGAGCACUGGCUUGCAGUUUCUUUUUCAAGUUUUUCCACAGGGUGCAAUUAGAAUUGUGCAGAGGGCCUGGGAUGGAAGGUGCAACAGUUUCACCCCGGCACACACUGGCACUUCCCAGUCUGCCACGUAGUAUCAGCCGAGGUACACAGGUGUUUGAGGAAGUCCCUCCUGACCAGCCAAAACAUGACGCCGUUGGACGCCCACUGCAGCACAGUGCAAGCUUGCAACACGCAACCGGAGAGGCUCAGUAUUGUGACGACAUGUCACUGGUUGACGGUGAGUUGCACUUGGCAUUGGUGACCAGCACCAGAGCCCACGCCAAGAUCCUCUCCAUUGACACUAGUGAAGCCCUUGCUUUGCCUGGAGUGGAGGCAUUCUUUGGCCACGAGGAUGUACCAGGUUCCAAUAUAAGGAUGGUUCUGUCAUCUGGGGAGGAGAUAUUUGCUUCAGAAGAGGUGACAUGCUAUGGGCAGGUGAUAGGUGCCAUAGUGGCUGACACCAAGACACAUGCGCAGAGAGCAGCGAAGGCCGUAAAAAUUGAGUACGAAGACCUUCCAACAGUGUUCACAAUAUCGGAAGCAAUUGCCAAAGAGUCUUACUACCCACACGAAGCGAAGGCUGUCAUCAAGUCAGGUGAUAUAGAACGUGGCUUUGAGCAGGCUGACCACAUCUUAGAGGGGGAGAUCAAACUAGGGGGACAGGAACAUUUCUAUUUGGAGACGCAUGUGGCUAGAGCCGUACCUAGAGGGGAAGAUGGAGAAAUUGAAGUAUUUUGUAGUACGCAGUCUCCGUCGACUGCUCAGGCAAUUGUCGCUAGAGCCCUUGGCUUACCGAUGAACAGAGUGUGUAUCAGGACAAAAAGGCUAGGUGGGGGUUUUGGAGGAAAGGAAACCCGUUAUGUGACUCUGAUACCUGUAGCUAUCGCUGCUUUCAAGUUGAACCGACCAGUCCGUGGUAUGUUGGACAGAGACGAAGAUAUGCUGAUAUCAGGGGGACGACAUCCUUUCCUUGGAAAGUACAAGGUUGGCAUUGACAACGUUGGUCGUUUCAAAGGCUUGGAGGCCAGAGUUUUCUUGAAUGCAGGAAAUACUUCUGAUGUGUCACCGGAAGUCAUCAGUGCAUCACUACAGGGCUUUGACAACUGUUACCAUAUUCCAAACAUUGUACUAACUGGUGUCCUGUGUAAGACCAACCUGCCCUCAAACACGGCAUUCAGGGGGUUUGGUGCCCCUCAGGCAAUGUUAGUCAUGGAGAAUAUAAUUGAAGAUGUCGCCGUCAGUCUGAAUAUUCCCUCUCAUAGGGUCCGUGAGAUUAACAUGUAUAAGGAAAAUGACCUAACGCCAAAUGGUAACCGGCUGAUAAACUGUACUGUAGACCGUUGCUGGCAUGAAGUCAUCCAGCAGAGUAGAUUUUGUUAUAAAAAAGAAGACAUUGCCAAAUUUAACAGAGACCACCGAUGGAAGAAGCGCGGAGUUAGUUUGAUUCCAACCAAGUUUCUGAUUUCUAAUGAACGUUUUCUAGAACAGGGGGCAGCACUUGUUCAUGUGUACCAAGAGGACGGUUCAGUUCUGAUAACACACGGUGGUGUAGAGAUGGGACAAGGAUUACACACUAAGAUGAUACAGGUUGCCAGUCGAGCGUUACAGUUACCAGUCCACAAGUUCCACAUCAAUGAAACCACCACCAGUGCCGUUCCUAACACCACUGCCACAGGUGGGAGCAAAGGAUCGGAUCUCAACGGCAUGGCUAUAUUGAAUGCAUGUAAGACGUUAAGACACCGACUUGAGCCGUAUAUAGCCGGUAAUCCCGGUGGAUCAUGGGAAGAUUGGGUGAAAGCUGCCUAUAUGGACAGAAUCAGCCUGUCUGCAACAGGUUACUACAAGGUUCCCGAUACCUGGGACGAUAUCUAUGUACCUGAAGGAGAGCAAACCACGCAGAGGUACUACACAUACGGCGCUGCAUGCUCCGUGGUUGAAAUAGAUUGCCUUACCGGAGACCAUGUGGUGUUGCGAACAGAUAUCGUCAUGGAUGUUGGAAGAAGUUUGAAUCCAGCCAUUGAUAUUGGACAGAUAGAAGGAGCCUUUGCGCAGGGCUAUGGGCUAUUCACCAUUGAACAACUGAGAUACUCUUCUGAGGGAAGACUGAUAACUAAUGGUCCAAACACAUACAAGAUCCCUGGUUAUGGAGACAUCCCUGUCGAAUUCAAUGUGUCUUUACUGAAAGGUGCUUCCAAUCCUAAAGCGGUAUAUUCUUCCAAAGGUAUAGGAGAACCCCCUUUGUUCCUGGCGUCCUCAGUGUUUUUUGCCAUCAAGGAUGCCAUAUCGUCUGCUAGAGCCGAGUCUGGUUUGAAAGGGAGGUUCCGAUUGGACAGUCCAGCCACAGCUGAGAGGAUCAGGAUGGCAUGUGAGGACCAGUUUACACGCAAGUGUUCACCAAACACUCAUCAUACCUUGAGGCCAAGGUUUAUAGAUGUGUAAACAAGUAGGACAUGUGACCGGAAAGUUUGGUUCCAACGUUAGUUUGCUUAUGUUAUAACCAGGAUUCAGCCAAAACUUGUCUACGGGUUAUCAGGAAUAUAUUUGUGGACUCUUUAACUCCCGAUGAUAACCGCAUGACAACUCGCAAUAGAAAAUUGGUGGUGAAGGGUUUUCUUAUUGGACAACUGUAAUCAGAAUAUAAUGGCUGCCAUGGAUGUACUCAAGACUCUUUAAAUAUAAUCGGUCAGAGCACAUGUAUGAUAGUGCAGUCCAGAGCACUGAGGCAUAUGUUUAUUCGGUACUAUUGCGUUAAUAAUGCUAUUAAACAUUGUAGUGAAGUAAUUGUGAUUUUGUCUAAGAAUGCACGGGCACCAUAUUAACAGUCACACCUAAAAGAUAACCAGUGACCAUACCCAAAUACCUGACCGAAUUUGGAAGUUAUUAUUAUGGGGUUUCUUUGUAGGUUUUCUAAUUUGAAGAACUCAUAUAACCAUCGUUUUACCAUUUUAUCUUAAGACAGAUAUGCACAGUAUCUGAU